AUGCGCAAUCCACGACACCAGGGCAGCGAAGGCUUGACUAUAGUGAUCAAGCUAGGCACCUCCUCCAUCAUCAACGAGUCGACAUGGUUACCCCAGCUUGCUGUGCUGUCCAGUCUGGCAGAAACAGUCUGCGGCCUACGCAAAGCGGGUCAUCGAGUCGUCAUCGUCAGUUCUGGAGCUAUUGCUGUCGGCAUGAGGCGCAUGUCAGUCUACAAACGCCCAAAGAUACUCGCAGAGAAACAGGCGCUCGCGGCCAUUGGACAAGGCCGCUUGAUCGCCCUAUGGGACAGCCUGUUCACUCAUCUUGAUCAGCCUAUUGCGCAAGUCCUGAUCACGCGCAGCGACAUUUCAGAUAGACCGCGCUAUCUCAAUGCGACGAGGACGUUGACGGCGCUGCUAGCAUCUGGCGUCGUACCCAUCGUCAAUGAGAACGACACGCUUUCGGUUUCCGAGAUCAAGUUUGGUGACAAUGACACGCUCAGCGCGAUAACAGCAGGCAUGGUGGCAGCAGACUACUUGUUCUUGCUCACCGAUGUUGAUUGUCUGUACACCGAAAAUCCGCGCAAGAAUCCGAGAGCAAAGGCAGUCACUGUCGUUCGCGAUAUCGAAGCUGUCAGGCAAAUAGUGAGUACGGCAACGCUUGGCUCGUCUCUAGGAACGGGCGGGAUGGAAACGAAGCUCAUCGCAGCCGAGCUAGCAAUGGCAGCAGGCGUAGCUACCGUCAUCACUCACGGCACGAAACCGGGCAACAUCGUUCAAAUAGUCAGUGCUGCACGAGAUCCUGCUCGCGAGGGUCCGGACACAGAAGCAGACAUCGACCUGGCUUCCUCCGUCGAACUACCACCCCGCGCGAGUCUAGACGAGGUUGCACUGCCCUUGCAUACGAUCUUCAUGCCUCGAGCGACGCCUUUACCCGAUAGGCGAUGGUGGGUUCUGCAUGGUCUUGCGCCAAGGGGAAGGGUCAUCAUCGAUGCUGGUGCGUACAAGGCAGUCUUGCUGAGAUCUCGCUACGACCAGUCGGAGGAGGACAAGCAUGUUUCGGAAGCUGGCAAUGGCGGCAGAUUACUGCCGGCAGGCAUCGUCGGUGUCGAAGGUGUCUUUGCAGCCGGACAAGCAGUCCGCCUAGCCGUGAGAACACAAGGGGUGGACACAGAAAUCGCAAGAGGGCUAGCGAAUUACAAUUCGCAGGAGAUAGACCGGAUCAAGGGUAUGAAGAGCUCAGAGAUAGAAGCCACUCUGGGAUACGUCGAGUCUGAGCAUGUCAUUGAAGCCAUCACAGCUACAAGCGUUCCGGCUGCGCAGUAG